AUGCCUUCUCUACGUAAAUCUCUUCUUCCGCUAUUGCUGGCCGGGCAAUCCAGCGCCAGAGUCAGCCGGAGCCCGACGACCGCUCCUGUUGAUUUGCCGCUGACUUUAGGUGCGCUGGGCUUCCUGACGCCCAUUUCUAUUGGUACGCCUCCGCAAGAGAUUAUUUCAUUGAUGGACUGGACCUGGAUCAACCAGUUCACGCUUUCAACUGUCUGCUUGGGCAAUCCGCAUGACACGGCUUCAUGUCUUGCACCGGGACAAGUUUUCUUUAACCAGUCCGAGUCGUCUACUUUCGCCAACCAAACAAGCUUGUACCCCAGCCGAACGUGGAAUCCGAAUGGCUUCUUCGGACCGGCUCCCCUCACUGUCCAGUUUGGACAUGACGUCCAACAUGUUGGCAAUUUGUCAGCACCCACCACCUUUAUGUUGGCAGAUAUGCAAUUCCCGCAGCCUGGCGCGUUCCCGUUCACGGGUGUAUUUGGACUGUCGCCGGUUUUCAAGUCAGAUAAUCAGUCGACCCAGUCUACCUUUUACCAGUUCUGGAAACAGGGGGUCUACUCUAGCCCCAUUGGGUCGUUCCUGUACUGUUAUAACAGCACCUUUGGGAACACGGCGCCGGCACGAGCUUUGUGCAAUGGAAACGAUGCCCUUCAGACGCUUGGAGGAUAUCACUCCAACUUCAUUCAGUCGGGCAGCCUCCAGUGGUAUGACAGCGUUAUCAACUUGCAAGUGAACAUCAUCGACAUUAUCACAAGUCCCGAGAUUCUGAACUACUGGGCUCUUCCAGUGACGAAACACUCGAUUGGCAACGAGUCACAGCCACUCAACAUGACUGCGUCUGGUGCCAUCUUUGACUACGCAAGUUUCGGUCGCGGAGCCCCCGUGUCCGUCAACAGCUAUGCUCGUUUGGUUGAGCUUACAGGAGCUACACCAAUCACGCUUGAUGCUUCUCUAGCCCCCAACAACGGAGCCCAAGCAUUCCAUUCCGUGCCAUGCUCCAAGGUCCCUAAGCUGCCCCCCCUCAAGUAUCAGUUCGGCGCAGGGACUCCAGAGUGGGAAAUCCUCCCUCAGAACUACGUCGAGAAGAUUGUCGUGUCAAGCACCCAGACUGUUUGCGUGCUCAACGUGCGGACUUUGGGUGAUGGGGAUUGGAUUAUUGGAAAUUUGGGAGAGACGUUUGCCAAGGAUAAAGUUAUCCUGUUUGACUUUGACAAGCUGAAGGUUGGAAUUGCUAAUGCAGUUCGCAGUUGA